CAGAAGCCUGGCAGAGUUUGUCACUGCUGCACAGCUGUUAGUCAGAAAGAUGAGCACCUAUAAGGUGUGUUCUGUUUUUGUAACUUUGACGGUGUUAUUUGUAGACGGCCUGACAUCAGCAGUCUCGGUUGAUCGGGCCCCUCGUCAGACAGCAGUCACAAAGCAGGGGUCUGCUGUUCUGUUCUUCGCUGCCCACGAGGGCAGUAUGACCGAUAUCGAGUACAACCCGGUCAUCUUUAACGAGGUGGUGUUGAACCAGGGCUCUGGAUACAACAACGACACGGGUCGGUUCACCGCGCCGGUCGCUGGCAUCUACCAGUUUGUGUUCGCUGCCCAGCUCUGCCGAGGACGGCACAACAAUGUGUGGUCCUUCAUGGUGCAGGGGCAGUGGAAGAUGCACUGCCAUGCCCAGGUGUUUGAUGGGACCACAACCCUUAACACCUGUUACUUCAUGUAUGAACUGAUGAAAGGUGACCAGGUUUGGAUCAAGCAGAACGUCGGGAGUUGUGCCUGGGCCAGCAGGGUCUCCAGAACCAUCACGUUCUCAGGCGCCCUGUUAGCCAGUGAGGGAGUAUCUGCGCUGGGAGCGAAGUACGGCUCCGGUAACUCCUGUCCUCUGAUUGGCCUGGGCGGUAACAAGCUGACGUUGUCCAGCUCUGCAGGCCUGAGAGCAGCUUUAUCCAGUGUGGUCAUCACUCUGCUGCUUUGCAGUCUGGUCUUUGAUUCACCAUGGUAGAGUUAUCAUGUGUGUAGAAGAUUUUUUUUCUAUUUUAAUUACAUUUCCAAUUGUGGCUUGUUGUGCUUUCUUUUCUAACGAUUCCUUUCCUUUGUAAUUUAAUUUUUGAUGAAUCGAUCCGUACAUUUCUCUGCAUAGUCGCCAUGCAAUAUUUAUAUGAUUGUUGUUGAAGUUUUAGGAUAAUUUCUCUCCUGCAAUCUGUAAGAUGAAAAUCAUCUAACUUCCAGCCAUAAAAGUGUGUGGCCUUGGUAUCAUCAAUACAAAGAGCUUCACACACAAAUACAAAUAGAAUCACAUUUAUAAAAAAAUGUUUUUUAACUACUUUUAUGAAGAGUACAUUCUUCUUGUGUCUCGCACAUUAAACCAGGACUUUAGUGGAAGAACUUGUGAAUUUCUGUGUAAAUUCUUGAAAGUUAAUUGUCCAUCUGUGCACUGGCUGUUUUGUAAUAACACUGACUGUCCUGCAGAUGGCGCCUCCUGACUUGUUAAACAGACCAUUUUUAGAAUCCUUUACAAAACCUACAACAAGCAUACACACAAAGCUUCUAACAUUAAUUGAAACUGUUAGAGCCGUGAUAUUUUGUUGAAAGAUACAGAUUUAACAGCAUAUCUUGUACAAGAAGCUUUUGUUUUUAUUUUAGUUGUAGGUCCUGAACUUUUUAGGUGCCUUUCUUGAGAAGUUAGAACAUAAAAUGACACUCCAAGCA